AAUACGAUCACUUCAACUAGUUUUUCUCGGUUUGAAGAAUUGUUGAUGACGAUUCAUCCCGAUCCUCUUCGAGCUAUUGAUUACUGCAACGAUAUCUCUACUUCAACCUCAUAUUUUGUCGCAUGGCUUUUUCUACGAUAUGUGCCCAAAAUAACACCAUCUUACAUGUCUUCCACUAACCAAUCAUCCUGAAUGCUUGCCUGUACAUUGCAUCUCCAAUGUAUUUCCAACGGCCACGAGCCGCACCGAUUCAAAUGUUUUCCAUUUUUGACGUUUGAACUGUCAACGUCGGUGUCUCGAAAGGCGCACAUGGUGAAAAAGCGGCAACGUCGGUGCUGUCCUGAAUAUUUAUGUUAUGUUGUGUGUACAAACAAGAAAGACUUCCCCGCCGAUAGUGCCCGUGAAUUUUUCGAUGUUCAACUGGAAGUUGAAUGUUGCGUCUCGCAAAAGCCUCGAUUUCCUUCAUCCGACGCUACCCCCAAACACGUGCUUUAGCCAGUGCAUGUAGUGCCAAUAUGAAAUACUUGAACGUAGCAGAGAAAAAUGAUGCAGCGAAAACGAUUGCCGGUUUGUUAUCGCGAGGAUCGUCCCAAAGGAGAGAAGGAUACUCGCCGUACAACAAAAUAUACGAAUUCAGCUACAAUCUGCACGGUCAAAGCAUUCAAAUGAUAAUGACAUCCGUAUCGGGCCAUCUGUUGACACACGAGUUUUUACCCAGCUUCCGCGGCUGGCACAGCUGCAGCCCGGAGGAUCUGUUCGACGCACCGGUACGAAAAAAUUGUCCGGAACAGUAUGAAAAAAUCAAGAAAACACUCGAACGAGAGGUACGCGGUUGCUCAGCCCUCAUCAUCUGGACCGAUUGCGAUCGAGAGGGUGAAAACAUCGGCUACGAAAUCAUUGAGGUGUGUCGUGCGGUGAAACCACAGCUGCGAGUUUUUCGGGCGAAAUUUUCCGAAAUCACUGCACCAUCGAUAAAGCGCGCGAUUGAAAACCUGGUCCAGCCGGAUGCUCGACAAAAUGAUGCAGUUAAUGUGCGCAGUGAGCUUGAUCUGCGAAUUGGGGCCGCAUUUACUCGGUUUCAAACGUUGCGGUUGCAGAAAUCAUUCCCUCAAGACAUAUCGAACAAUCUGGUCUCUUACGGGAGCUGUCAGAUACCGACGCUUGGCUUUGUAGCCCAACGGUACAAGGAAAUUGAAAAUUUCAUACCCCAGACGUUUUGGAAAAUCAAGCUCACACACACGAUCGAUGAAUUAACGGUCGAAUUUCAUUGGUCGCGAAAUCGGCUCUUCGACAAGCAGUGCUGUGAAGCAUAUCUGAUGCUUUGCCAAACCAAUCCGACCGCGAAAGUGGUGAACGUUACGCAGAAGCCGAAAAACAAAUGGCGUCCCACGCCGAUGGAUACGGUAGAGUUGGAGAAAUUGGGCUCCAGGAAGCUAAAAAUGAAUGCCAAGCAAGUGAUGACUAUUGCGGAAAAACUGUACACCCAAGGUAUUAUCAGUUAUCCGCGUACUGAAACGAACAUGUUUACCGGCGAUAUGAAGCUAGCGCCGCUAGUGCAAGCCCAAGUUGCCAGUGAUCAGUGGGGCUCAUUUGCGGAAAAGGUGCUCCAGUGGGGUGUCAAUCCGAGGAACGGGAAAAAGUCCGAUCAAGCCCAUCCUCCCAUACAUCCCACCAAACUGCCUACCAAUCUUUCCGGCGAUGAAUGGCGCGUGUACGAGCUAAUAGCGCGACACUUCCUUGCUUGCGUCAGCCGCGAUGCAACCGGUUCCGAGACGAUCGUAAACGUAGUCGUUGCCGAGGAGGAAGAAUUUACCGCUUCGGGGCUUUGCAUUCACGAGCGAAAUUAUCUCGAGGUUUACCCGUACGAUCGGUGGAAUGCGAAGGAAAUACACUCCUACCAGGUCGGACAUACUUUUGAGCCGACCGAGUUGGGUUUGCACGAAGGUUCGACGACAGCACCGAACAUGCUGACCGAGGCGGAUCUGAUUGCGCUCAUGGAGAAGCAUGGCAUCGGCACGGACGCAACGCAUGCUGAGCACAUCAACACGAUCAAGGAGCGUGGCUACAUCGGUGAACGGGAUCGUGGAUUUCUGGUGCCCGGUACGCUUGGCAUGGGGUUGGUAGAAGGGUACGAAAUGAUGGAACUACGGUUGGCCCAUCCCGAGCUCCGAGCGGGUCUCGAAGCCGACCUAAAGCUGGUAUGCGAAGGGCGUAAAAAUCCCAACGACGUGCUAGCGGAGCAAAUUGCCAAGUACAAGGAAGUGUACCGAAUCAUGUCCCAGAAGGCGAGAGCGCUCGAUAGAGCGAUGGGACAGCGGUUAAACCAAACGCCGCAAGAACCACCGCCAGAUGCGGGCGCAUCGGCUGCAACCGCCACCGGCACCGCACCUAUGCGAGAGGUCUGCAAAUGUCCAAAAUGUGGCCACAAGAUGUGCCUUCGAACGAAGCGCGAUUCCUCCGGGUACUAUCUUGGAUGUGUCGCCUUUCCUGAGUGCAGGAACAACAUCUGGUUCGACGAUUCGAUGCGUGAAAUCAACGUGCUCGACGACACUUGUACCCGAUGUGGCAGCAAAAAGAUGACCGUGAAGUUUCGCAGUGUACGCUUUUAUGCCCUGCUGCAAAGUACGGACAUGAACGAGUAUCAGUUUUGUAUCGUGUGCGAUGAUAAGUUUCGAAACUUAUUUAACAUUAACGAGUCCAGCGUUCGCGUCGCGGCCGGUGCACGCUUAUCAUCUAAUACGACUACUGUACCUGUAGUCCAACCUGCUCGCAGCUCGACCAGUACCUGGGGUACCGGGAAUCAAAGCGAACGACGUCCAGCUAACACUGCACACAACACAACCAGCAGUGGAAUUGGGCGGUCGAACAGUUCGGCAGGCACAUCAUCGUCUUGGGGAACGGGACAAUCCACGAGCAACAAUUGGGGAGGAAGUCAAUCGUCUAACCGUGGCGGUGGAUCAUCCACCACUUCCUGGGGAAAACCAACGAACAAUCGAGCUGAUGGUCCAGCUAAAAAGGGUGGUGGAUUUGGCGAUGCGGGAGGCGCGAAGCAAAAUUCUUGGCACAAUCCUUCAAAUAGCUCACGCGUUGGCAUAGGCGAAGAGGACGGAGAAGUUAUGUGCCGUUGUGGUACGCCGGCAUCACGUUUCACGGUGAAGAAGGACGGACCGAACAAGGGAAGGCCUUUCUUUAGCUGUCCCAAUCAGGCAAGCUCCUGUGGGUUCUUUAAAUGGGGCGAUGAAAACAUGCCUCCAGCUUCGUCGAAUAAUGGCGGGACGGGCGGUGGAUCGGUCAGUUGGGGCUCUGGUGGCGUCAGUAACAGCGGAUCGAGCUGGGGACGCAGCAGCAAUGACACCACCAACAAAACAUCCAGAACGACUCGAAAGUGUGGCCUUUGUCGGCAGGAAGGACACACGAAAAACAAGUGUCCACAGCGUGGUGAUUCAACUGAGUUUUGAGCCAAUAAAGCAGAAAUGUGUAUCAUUUUA